AUGGAAAAUACAACUAUAGAAUUCAACUCUACUCUAGAAGCCAUUCAUUCACCAUUAGCAUUGCAGAUCUUCAAGGUACCAGGCGUUAAGUCUAUAAUGUUGGGAUCAAACUUCCUAACUGUGAACAAGCUUGAUAAUUAUGACUGGCAUACUCUAUCUCAAGAUGUGAAGGCGAUAAUGAACAACUUUCUAGAUAAGGACGGUAUAAAUAAGGGACUAGUCCCGGUUAUUACUCAAGAAUUAAUGCAAAAAAUGCAGAAUGAUAGAAUGGCUGAGGAGGAGGAGGAUGACUCAGAACUAGUUCUGAUGAUUAAAGAACUUAUAGAAACAAGGAUUCGUCCAGCAAUCCAAGACGAUGGUGGUGAUAUAGAAUAUAAGGGAUUUGACGAAGAGACCGGUACAGUAUUUUUGAAGCUACAAGGAGCUUGCAAAUCGUGCAGCGCAAGUGAAGACACUUUAAAGGGAGGUAUUGAAAGUAUGUUGAAGCACUAUAUCGAGGAAGUUAAACAGGUGCAACAAAUUUUAGAUCCAGAAGAGGAAAUAGCUAUGAAGGAGUUUGAGAGGCUAGAGCAGCAAUUGAAAAAACAAAGUAAUUCAUCUGCUGAAAAUGCACACCCAUCACCUCAACAAUAG